AUGGGAAUAUUACUGUCUAUUAAAGCUGUUAAAGUUGUCUCAGACGAUGGAAUGAAUUUUUUGAAGCCAAAUUUAACCAUGCCAUCUGUUGUCCCGAAUAUAACUGAUUUGCCCGUCGAACCUUACGUUUGCAAUUGUGAGCCGCCAACUGAAAAAGAAAUACUCUCUGUAAUCCUUAAGCUUAAGGCUAAUAAAACUUCCGGAGAAGAUGGUCUUUGGUCCGAAUUCUUCAAAAGUUAUCCACCAUCGUUCAUAACUCACCUUCAAUGUAUUCUCUGGUAUGGCAAAAAGAAAUAA